CUAUAAAUCAUGCCUGCACUCUCCCACAACAGACCCCAGAAAGCAGAAUAAGAAACCAGAGAGAAGAAGAAGAAGAAAAAAUGAAGCUUUUGUUACCAACUCUGCUGCUAACUUCAAUGGUGGUUGCCUCCUCUUUCCUCCAGCUCUCUCUUGCUUAUACUCCAUCACCCCCAGUAGGAGGAGUGUGCGACUCCAAGUGCGAGGCGAGAUGCAAGACAGCAGGGUACAAGGAGAGGUGCGUCAAGUACUGCAACGUCUGCUGUACAAAGUGCAGAACCUGCGUACCUUCUGGCACCUACGGCAAUAAAUCGGAGUGCCCUUGCUACAGGGACAUGAGGGACAACAGGGGCAGGCCCAAGUGCCCUUAAACAAUAUUCGAUUAUCAGAAUUCCAAUUCCAACCAUCCUUUCGUUUUCCCAUGUCAUCGCCCCAGCAACAAUAGUCUACUUCUGUUACUACUACUACUACUACAGCUCUCUGUAUGUUUCUAUCCUCUGUCGUAAUUUGUAGUUUUCUUUCUCUUUCUCUGCUGUAAAAUGGUGUACUGGAAUAAACAGAACAGAUGGCCGAAGGGGUUAUUCUGGAUCUAAAUUGGAAGAUUAAGUGGCAACGAAAAUUGUUGGAAGGAGGCAGGCGGUGCUGCAUGUUUGCUUUUGCUUUUGCUUUUACUCUCUUCGGCCUUUCCCAAAACUUGAGAUCGUCUUUUCCUGUGCGGCUG